CGGAAAAAUGAAAUGAAAAAGUGGGAAACAAAAUGGACAGGGGAGGUCACGUGUCAAAAUGGGAUGCGCAUUUCAUUCACAAAUCCAACUGUUCCCUUCUUUCCCUCUACUCAUUCCCCUCGCCUCUGCUCUCUUAAAAACCCCGCGGGCUGGGACGCGGGCAUGAUCCCGGCCGCGGCCAUUACUCCCCUCCACACCCCGCCCUCGGGGCCUCCCUUUGACCACCCUUCAACCACUCUCCAUUGCCCUUCCAACCCCUUCUCCCUCCGCUUUUCUCCCAUCCCCAUCCCCUUCCCCGAUCCUUCUCUCUCCCGCCGCCGGAUGGACUUCGCCGGACGUCUCGCCACCGGUUGCUUCCGCCUCCGCAAAGGCCUCAAGGUGGACGCUGACUUCACCGCCGAGGAAUUCUUUUACCCCGAUGCCAAGGCGCCGCCCGAACACCUCGUCAUCAUGGUCAAUGGUCUAAUUGGAAGUGCUGCAGAUUGGAGAUACGCGGCAGGACAAUUUGUGAAGAAGCUUCCUGAUAAGGUUAUAGUACACCGCAGUGAGUGUAAUUCUUCAAGAUCAACAUUUGAUGGGGUUGACACAAUGGGAGAAAGACUGGCUGAAGAGGUGUUAGGUGUCAUAAGACGGAGGCCAGAGUUGCAGAAAAUUUCCUUUGUGGCCCACUCUUUAGGUGGGCUUGUCGCAAGGUAUGCAGUAGGAAGGCUUUUUGAUCAUAUCCCUCAAUUGAAAUCCUCAGAUGCUGCUCAAAGUUUCUCUAGGGACGAGCAGAAGCAACAUAUUGAGCAAUUCCAUCAUGAAAGAAUUGCUGGGUUGGAGCCUGUGAACUUCAUAACAGUUGCAACUCCACAUUUAGGUUCACGGGGAAAUAAACAGUUUCCAGUUCUUUGUGGUCUUCCUUUCUUGGAGAGAAGAGCCUCCCAAACAGCACACUUAGUUGCUGGGAGGUCUGGAAAACAUCUAUUCCUCACUGAUGAUGAAAAUGAUGAGAAACCUCCUCUUCUCCUUAGAAUGGUUACCGACUCUGCAGAUCUAAAGUUCAUCUCAGCAUUACGUGCAUUUAAGCGUCGGGUGGCAUAUGCAAAUGUGAACUAUGAUCACAUGGUUGGGUGGAGAACAUCAUCUAUUCGCCGUCAACAUGAGCUUCCAAAGUCAAGUGAGCUUAUAAAAAAUGACAAAUACCCACAUAUUGUCUACGAGGAGCAAUCAACGCAAGAUGAUGUCUGCAAUAAAGCAUCGCUGGACCAAAAACUCGACUUAGAAGAGGAGAUGAUUAGAGGUCUCAAUCAAGUUCCUUGGACACGAGUGGAUGUUAGCUUUCAGAAAAGCAGACAGAGAUACAUUGCCCACAGUACCAUUCAGGUAAAGAGCUAUUGGUUGAAUUCUGAUGGUGCUGAUGUGGUUUUUCACAUGAUUGAUAACUUCGUUUUAUAAAAAGAAUCUCAAACUUGGGAUGAGUUGUUUGCAGAUACACUUGUCUGCAAUUUCAUGUAAAUUUUUACCAGCAAUAUAUAGUCAUGUAUUCUUUAUUAUCAGUGCCGAAUCUUUAGAACAUCUUAUACAUUAGCUCAUCAUUGUUCCUAAUAUUUCAUGAUUCUCAACCCUUGUAUUUUCUUCUGUAUAAGCAUACCCUUUUUUUGCCUGGGAUUUCCCUGCCUUUGAGUUAAUCCGGAUUUUUUCGGUACUUGUAAUUAUUCCAUAUAUAUGGAGAGAGUGGAACUAUAAGAUAUCUUUUGUGGAAUGAAGACAGCAAUGGUAUACAGACAACUAA